GCGGAGCGGCCAUGGGGACGCAGGGAGCGGGGAGGAAGCGGCUGCCGAACCGGGAGCGCCUGACGGCCGAGGACGAUGCCCUCAACCAGAUCGCCCGUGAGGCUGAAGCAAGACUCGCAGCAAAGCGAGCGGCACGGGCAGAGGCACGGGAGAUCCGGAUGAAGGAAUUGGAGAGGCAGCAGAAAGAGAUCUACCAGGUUCAGAAGAAAUAUUAUGGUCUGGAUACUAAAUGGGGAGACAUCGAACAAUGGAUGGAAGACAGUGAGCGUUAUUCCCGUAGAGCCAGAAGAAAUGCCUCGGCUUCGGAUGAAGAUGAGCGCAUGUCAGUGGGUAGCCGUGGAAGCCUGAGGACCAAUGGUUACGAGGACGAUGUGUAUGGAUCAUCCCAGAGUAGAAAAUCUAGCAGGCCCUCCUUGCUGUGCAGCGAUGCCCCAGCCAGAAGUUACAGGGCGUCUGUGUAUGACGAGAGCGUUUACAGUGGGAGUCGUCGGUAUAGUGCCUCUAGUUCUCGUGCUCCUUCUGAGUACAGUUGCUACCUUGGGUCAGGAUCUCGGGCAUCCUCAAGAGCCAGCUCUGCUCGGGCCAGUCCAGUGAUUGAGGAAAGGCCAGAAAAAGACUUUGAGAAGGGAGCACGUACUGUCUCAAGUUUAUCAGCAGCUACCUUAGCUUCUCUGGGUGGGACUUCUUCACGAAGAGGCAGUGGGGAUACGUCCAUCUCUGCCGAUACAGAGGCAUCUAUUAGAGAAAUAAAGGAUAUCUAUGAGUUAAAGAACCAGAUUCAGGAUGUAGAAGGCAAAUACAUGCAGGGACUGAAAGAAAUGAAGGACUCUCUAGCCGAAGUUGAAGAGAAAUACAAGAAGGCUAUGGUGUCAAAUGCUCAACUUGACAAUGAGAAAACAAAUUUCAUGUACCAAGUAGAUACCCUGAAGGAUGCGCUCUUAGAGUUAGAAGAACAGCUGGCAGAGUCCAGGCGGCAAUAUGAAGAGAAAAGUAAAGAAUUUGAGAGGGAGAAGCAUGCUCAUAGCAUAUUGCAGUUUCAGUUCAUGGAAAUCAAAGAGGCUUUGAAGCAAAGAGAAGAAAUGCUUGCAGAAAUCCAACAGCUGCAACAGAAACAGCAGAGCUAUGUCAGGGAAAUUUCUGAUCUUCAGGAGACAAUAGAAUGGAAAGACAAAAAAAUAGGGGCGUUAGAGAGGCAGAAAGAUUUCUUUGAUUCCAUAAGGAGUGAGCGGGAUGACCUUAGAGAUGAAGUGGUUGUGCUGAAGGAGCAACUGAAGAAACAUGGAAUAAUCCCAGAUUCUGAUGUAGCCACCAAUGGGGAGACAUCAGACAUUCUUGAUAAUGAAGAACACUUGGAAUCUUCCAAAACUGUUCCAGGCACAACUCAGGCAUUGAAGACUGGAGGGGAUGGGAUGUUAGACAGGCUGAAAAAACUCAUUGAUGAACGAGAAUCCUUACUAGACCAGAUUAAAAAAUUAAAAGGGCAACUGGAAGAAAAGCAAAAGAAUGGCAGGAUGGAAAAUACGCAGUCGGAAGAUGAAGUUCUGGAAAAUGGGACAGAUAUGCACAUGAUUGACCUCCAAAGAGACGCCAACAGACAGAUCAGUGAUCUCAAAUUCAAACUAGCAAAGUCUGAGCAAGAGAUAACAGCACUGGAGCAGAACGUAAUACGACUGGAAGGUCAGGUAGCCCGAUACAAAACUGCUGCUGAAAAUGCUGAAAGAGUAGAAGAUGAACUGAAAGCAGAGAAACGCAAACUACAGAGAGAGCUUCGUUCAGCAUUGGAUAAAACUGAGGAGCUUGAAGUCAGCAAUGGUCAUCUAGUAAAACGCUUGGAGAAGAUGAAAGCCAAUCGGAGUGCUUUACUGUCUCAGCAAUAACCACCACCAUUGGAUGGAAACCACUACUGCGUGACAGAAUCAGAACAACGCUGCAGAUGCUUCUGUCUCUUGCUGUCUGGGAUGCUUUGUGUCAUGCCUUCUGAGCACAAACAACCCCAACAUUUGCUACGUGCCACCCAGCUGUGGUUCCUUCUAUGCAGUCAAACCUACUGCACUAUAUACAUAGGAGUAGCUGAUCCAAAUGGCUGUGCCUGCGGGAGCCCUUCUACAUCGAUCAGGGGGUAUAUUUGAAGUACAGUAUCCAUCUAUAAGAAGCACAUCAGGCAUCGCAUUAAGUUCUAGAAGGCCCAGCAGCCAUUUAUUGCCAUUUAAAAUGGCAUUCAAAGAAAACAUUUUAACUAGACUGGAAUUUUGUGUCUUGCUGAAAAUAAAAUCUUAAAAAACCC